AGGAAACUAUUCUUGCCAAGAGGGGGGACAUGGUAGCUGGAUACAUUUGAAGUAGACUCUCUCUCAGUUGAAAACGAUAUUUAAAGUGUCGGGUGAUUUUAACGGUGCUUACAUAGGCAACAUUCAAAAUAUAAUUAGUCGUAGUGUGUAUCAGUGUCCUGGGUUUAGCGUCAGAGGCUAGUCCACUCACCUUCCACCCCUCGGUGGCAAAUGUUCCGUGAUUCACCAAAAAAAUGAUGAUGUAACUUUUGCCGGCUUCUCUUGUACCUUCAACAGAACAAACGUCGAGGAAGUCAUUGUGUUAAACCAUGUUUAGAGGGAAUAUUCUCACGUUUUUUCGCUGAAUAUAUGGCUCGGCUUUGUUGGCGUGUGUGAAAAGACAAGUGUCAGGACUGACAGCAUACCUAGUUCUCUUCGGGACACACUGCGGUGACAUGAAUCCAGCCCGCCGCUGUUCGGCUCUCCUCAACCAACUGUGCUACUCCUCACGAGGGGGGCCGAGUGCAAGGAAGCAGCUUCCCGCGGGGGGAUUCUCAGCCCCGGGGGGCCAACGGUACUGUCACCCCGCCGUUGGAGGUGGGGGAGUCGGCGGGACCAAACCUCAGGUGAAGCCGAGUGGAGCAUCACCCAACGGGGUAGCACCAGUUUGUCCGAUGGGCAGCAGCAGCAGCAGCAACAGCAGCAGGUUGUUUGGUACACUGGCCCAGACGCUGAGUAGUGCCCCCCUGGCCCAGCCAGACCCAUAUGCAGAGCAGAACCCAGACCAGGAGGUGGACCAGGAGGGUCUGGCUGAGGUUGACCCGGACCAGCUGCUCAGAGAGUGCGAGGAGGCCCUGCAGAGGCGUCCCGCCCGGCCACACAGAGAUCUUGUGUAUCCCAGCGGCCCAGCACCCUGCCACCACAACCACAGCCUCAACCCGUCCAUACGGGUCAUGCAGUGGAACAUACUGGCACAAGCCCUCGGUGAGGGGAAGGAUGGCUUUAUUCGCUGUCCGCUGGACGCUCUCAACUGGCAGGAGAGGAAGUAUCUGAUCCUGGAGGAGAUCCUUACCUACCGCCCCGACAUCCUGUGUCUACAGGAGGUGGAUCAUUACUACGACACCUUCCAACCAAUCAUGGCUGGCCUGGGUUACCACUGCAGCUUCCUCGCCAAACCCUGGUCCCCCUGUCUGGACGUAGAGCAAAACAACGGUCCUGACGGCUGUGCUUUGUUUUACCGCCACUCACGCUUCUCCCUCCUGGCCACGUCUCACCUGCGUCUGUCAGCCAUGAUGCUGCCCACCAACCAGGUAGCCAUCGUCCAGACGCUGCAAUGCCGGGCAACGGGCCAGCGGCUCUGCGUCGCCGUCACCCACCUGAAAGCCCGCAGUGGCUGGGAGAGGCUACGAAGUGCGCAGGGCGCCGAUCUCCUGCACAACCUGCGAAACAUAACAUCCCGAGGCAGUAGUGGCAGCCAGAGCGAGGCCGAGUCAGGUGCCGUGCCUUUAAUAGUGUGCGGGGACUUUAACGCCGAGCCUACGGAGGAUGUUUACCGGCGCUUCAGCUCCUCCCCCCUCGGCCUGGACUCUGCCUACAAGCUGCUGAGCUCUGACGGGCAGACGGAACCGGCCUAUACCACAUGGAAGAUCCGCCCCUCCGGAGAGAGCUGCAGCACAUUGGACUAUAUCUGGUAUACCAAUGAUUCCUUGAGUGUGGAGACCCUGUUGGACCUUCCCACCGAGGAGCAGAUCGGCCCGGACCGCCUCCCCUCCUACCACUACCCCUCCGACCACCUGUCGCUGCUCUGUGACAUCAGCUUCAGGGAGCAGCCCCAUAGGCUGAUGUAGGCUGCCAGUCAGAGCAGCAUGGACCAGCAGGUGGCCUGAGUUAGCAAGUUCCUCCAGAAAUGUGUUGUCUUCAGAGAUUUGAGUUGGUUUAAGUGAAAUGGCAGCUAAUGCAACCACCUGCUGCUCUGGCACAGGACUGCAUUUUCACCAUCUUGGUUAAAUCCUCUAAAUUUACAGAAGAAUACAUAGAACAAUUUGUUCCGACAGUGGGGAAGUAACUAUGGGAUAUACUUGACUUAUUUUACUUAGUGGGGUUUUAAUUGCAGUUGGAACCAUCAUGUGCCCGCACAUGAAAACUGAAGACUUACCCUUCAGUUUUGUUAAAUUAUUGAUAUUUUUAUAUUAAUGACUUGGUUGUUCCAUAAGCAACAAGUUAUAAUACUGAAUAUAGUGUACUAUUUUAGGAUCAGCAUAAUCCCCAAAGUUCUGCAAUGACAGUAAUCAUGACAGUGCUGUUGUGACUAUAUUGCCCUUGAGUAUGUGGGAAAAUGUUACUUUAUAAAAUAAAUCAUUGAGAUUUUUA